AGGCCUGCAUAUAAUUGCGCUACAUGCUACAGCUGCUCUGAACAUAAUCAAUCUUGCUGAAAUAAGUUGUGCAGAAAAUUUAUUGUAGAACAAUGCGGAAUGAAAACCAAAACAACAUGAAGCAGUGAUGACCUCCGUCGAGGACCUCGUGGUGUGGAAAGUGAAGGUUUCAGUUCUUUCUUGUGGAGGUUGACAAAAAAGCUGCACUGCGCCGUCGAAUGUGGAUCUCGCGAACCACAGCAGGAAUUUCUACGUACCGGAAAUCAAGUGACUUACAAGUAUGGUGCGCCGGGCAGUUUCGCAGGAGGGCGUGGCUGUUUCACGUGGUAUAGGUUCACAGCGAUCGACGGAGCUAGCAGGACCUCCGACAGCACCUCUCAUUUCGCCUGCUGUCCGAAGCGGACGGUGUUCAUUUGUUGCGGCUAUCAUAAGGGCUAGUACUCCUGCUCCUGCAGCAUCGCAAAAAUGAUCGGUCGAGGUUCACAAGGAAAUAAAGCGUGGUGUAGUUGUUGAGAUACACACGUCGCGGACGAGAAGUUCACGAGCUCCUCGGUGCCACCAGGUGCUGUCUUCACCCCCGCAGCCGCUCUUCAUCUCGUUCCACGGACCUUGCUUGCCAUGGCAGCAGCUUCUAGCAGCAACAAUAACAUCAAUAAUCUAGUACAACUUCCCGCUGGUGUUGCUGGUACUACUACGUCCUCUUCCAGCACGAUGGCUACUGCUCGCGCGGAGCUCGGGCUACUCUCCUUUCCGCCGGACGCCGCCUUCCCGAUUGCACGCAUUCACACGUUGAGGCGCCAUGGGUCGCAGGUUUGCGUGCUGGGGCAGAAUAUGCGUUGCAAAUAUGUCUGGGUCUGCAAAGUUGGAACUUGUGAUGCUGCAUUUGGAUUCUGCAAAAAUCUGUAUUCCAUGAACAGCAAAAGAGGUCCAGUUUUUGCCACGGCUAGAGGGCAACAUUUCUCAUGCGGUAUAGGCAUCAGGAAGCUCUCGCUAAAUCUGUGAUGCUAGGGCAUGCAUCACAGACAGUAGGAGUCAUGCAAAAUUUGCAUGACAACGACAGGCAUCCUUCCAGACCCAGACAUAUUUGCAUUUUAUACAGAACGAGCUCGCUGUGUGCUCGAUCACCGGCGGGAGUGGUGGUUGUGGGCCAUCAAACAGCACCGGUCGGCAGCCGGCUGGAGCUCCUGCAGGCGGUCCGCCUCUUCGCGACCAGCAAUCGCACUUAUACCCCUUCAAAAAUAACGCUGUAGCAGCUGGAACAAAUGAUCUUGCAGGAGAAAACACGACCGGAGUGCUGCUUGGAGGACUGAGAAACUUCCAAGUCGGCGGCUCCUCCUCGUCUUCGUCUUUGUCCUAUCGAAGUGGUCUUGGCGGCAAAGCAAACCAGAACCAAUAUCCUGAGGAAAAACCACGUCCCCACGCCCCGUAGUCAAGAUGGGGAAUGAUCCGCUACACAAAUCCGCAAGUUCUUUCGGCUUUCGAGCAUGACAAGUUUGGCCCCGUAGUGUAGUCCUGUUUAGCUCUAGCGCAGCGUCGAUCGCAUUAUAAAUCGACAGCUUUAUCCUGAUUCCAGCGUGACAAGCUCCCAGAUUACAGCACUAUAAAAUGGUCCUCGUGGGGCUGCGCAUGCGAAACAUAAUAUGCUUGCAGCUUUGGAUGAAAAGUCGGAUGGGGAAGUUUUAUUUCCCCGGGAUAAAAACCAAGCCGCGAAGCACGAGCCGGAAGCUUUGUCCGUGGACUUAUCAAUCGGAAAUAUCCCUGAAUGUCAGGAAGGUUGCAACUUCUGAUGCGGAUUCUGGAAUAGGCAAAAAUUUGCAUUGCGACGUGAGAUGCGCCAAAACAAACUGGCCACUUCUUGCUAUGCAAAUAGGGAAUUUCAUCUCAUGCGGAUUUUUAGGCAGCAUCAAGAGGCCUCCUCCUGCGCAAAACCUGUAUAAGUGCUUUUGCGCGCAAUAGAGACCAGUCGCGUGAUCCAAAAGAUACAUGUACAAAAAACUCCUGCAUUCACCAACCAGACUGAGAGAUAUUAUCUGCAAAAGUGCAUAGGACUUUAUUCUCCACGAUUUCGCUGUGGACACGGUGACGUGGGAGCCGAGCGGCAAGUUUCUGUUCUGCGGCGACUCGGCGGGCAAGAUGCACUGCAUCCACGUUGCAUCGAAAGCGGUGAUUUGGCAGCAACCGGUGGGCGGGGGAGGAGGUGCAGGAGGGGAGCAGGAAGGCGACAUUGGGAUGAAUCCGAAUAGUGCAGCAGCAACUUCUUCUUCUAGCGGAUUCCUGGACAUCCAGUGUCACAGAGCCUCUGUUCAUCCUGCCGAUCUUCCUACGAUAAACGCUAGUCAUACUAGUAGUGCAGGAGCCAUGGAGGUGGAGGGAGCUCCUAGUACAAAUUCUGUUGAUCAAUCGUCAAACAAGAAGGACGUCGGUGCUGGAAAUAAAGAGCAGGACCACAGCAACACAUCAUCAAGUUGUGCUGGCGGGAACAAGUUUACGCUGUCUUUUUUGCUGCGGUCAAAUUCCUUGUGCUGCUUCAACGAUUUGGACUUCUCCGAACUGGAUCUCGCUUUGGAAACCGCGCAACCGGAAAAGGCGAAGCAGGCGGUAUUACAUACAGUUUAUUUACGGUCUAUUUUGGUUCUAGUACAAGAAAAUUUGCAGGGAAACAUCUUCACCAAUAGGAUGGAUGGGUUUAUAAUUUUUACGCAUGUGUAGCUGGUUCUGGUAGCUGGAACAAAAACCCCUUCUUCGCUAAAAGUUUAUUGCUACUCGCGCUGCCGUGUUGGAUGGGUGCUAGUAACUCACUGUCAAAAACAAAAGAUAAAAUCCAAGUGUCAACAAGUACCUUCCCAUGCUAGGUUUCUGCGCUCCACGCGAAAAUGCGGAAGACGCAAGUGAAGAUUCCGAACGCGCGGCAGUACUCCAUCUAUGAAAUGCAAAAAUGUCAGGGUCUGGAAGAUUGCCAGGUUUGUCAUGCAGGUUUUAUAUGGCUCAUAUGGUUUAGAAUGCAGCACCCAGCAUGACAAAUUCUUUAAGACCUCCAUCAUGCCCGUCCUGCAUGAGAAAUUCCCUCUCAAGUUGGUAAAAAAGCACGGCUGUUGGUAAUCACGCAACACAGAUUUUCUGCAUGAUGCAGAUUUGGCAUGACAAGUUGUGACCUUCCAGACCCAGACAUUUUUGCAUUUGAUACCAUCGUGGAAAACGCGAUCGAAAAUUCCGCCGACCUCUUCGCAGUCUCGGAUUCCGUAUCAAAUGCAAAAAUGUCUGGGUCUGGAAGGUUGGGACUUGUGAUGCUAACUUUGGACUCUAGAAAAUUUUGUAUUGCGUGACCAGCAAGAGGAGUCUAGUUUGUGCUACGCGGGGAGGGCGUUUGUCAUGCAGGGUAGGCAUCAGGAAGCCCUCUCAAAAUCUGUGAUGCUAGGUGGUGCAUUACAGACAUCCUGGGUCAUGCAAAAUAUGCAUUACAAGUCUCAGAAUCUUCCAGACCCAGACACUUUUGCAUUUGAUAUUCCGCAUUGCUGGCGUACACGAGUUCCGGGCCUUCGCAUAAUUCAUCCAGAACUACACUUAUCCUGAGUAAAACCGUACCCACACCAGAGUUGUAAUGCAGAUUUGCAAAGACAGGAAGACUUGUAAUGCGCAUCCCCAUGAGAGCCAUUCCCAAUCGUGUUUUGGAAUUUGUGAUGCUGUGAACAGGAUGAGGAGGUGGAUUUGUUAUGCGGCUUCCCUUGCUAAACUGCACUACAAUACAGCCUGCAACCUGUCAUGCGUGACUCCCAAAACUCCUCGGUUUGUGUUGCAAAAUCUCCAUCCUGACCGUUUUUACUCAGGAUAACUACACUAUACACGACUUCUAGUAGUACCUCCUCGAGGUCCGGCUUCCACUUUCGCGACAGCGUCCCAAUUCGUGCGGAGCCAGUUCUGAUUCGGGUGUUCGAGGCGGGGGAGGUCGUCGGGAUUCAAUCCGCCGUGCUAGUGAUCUGCUAUCCGACGUGCGUCGAGGUCUACGACGCGAAGGCGCUGUUGUUGCUCUCCCGCUGGCAGACCAAGGAACGGAUACGCGCCGCAAGCGUGGUGCCGGAACUAGGUACAGGAUCGAUUGGUUGUUUAUUCAUAUAGGAAUGCCGUUCUAAGUUCUUUCGACGCUUCUUCUUUUUGUAAGGUCGUACUGUGCACCUGCAUCGCAAAGCAGAACAGGUGAAAAAAUCCGAAAAGUACAUCAAAACAGCCGCUAUCACGAUUUUGACGGACAAGAUGGAGCUGCGUCGGAUGACGAAUGGCGAAGUUUUUUACACGUCCGCCGCUGAGGCGGAAGCAGGGCAGCGAGCAGAACUCCUGAAUAAAGGAACUACUAUGCAGGCGAAAAAAUCUUCCCCAGUAAAGAGCGCGGCCAAGAACUUGGAAAACUUUCUCACGUGUUCCGGCCUCUUCGUAGCGACGGACGACUCGGUUUCGGUUCUGAUCGAGCAACCGAAGGCGAGCGAUUUGACUCUGCAGAACAGCCUGGAGAACGAUUUUGAGAACAGUUUGCUGCAGCAGAACCUGUCCAUUUCGCAACUGCGCCGGCAGAUGGAGAUCGCGAUCGAGCGGUCCAUUACCGGGGAGCUGCACCUGCAAGUGUCCCUGAUCGUGAACCUGGCGAAAAAGAUGUCCACGCAAAUCCCGAGCUUUGUGGCGAACUCUGCGUUGAGGUGCGUCUUGCAGUCGAUCAAGGAGACAAGGCAGCUGCUGACCGAGGUCGUCGCACUGUUGGAAAGCAGCAGCAACAGCACAAGCAAGGCCUACGACCUGAAGCGCGGGCUGCAGACGAUAACCGAGGCGUUGGCGCGACUCGCAACCUUCGAGCAAUUGGGGGAAUUGCGCCAGAUUCUGGACAGUUUGUCGAUCGGAAAGACCGCGCAGCGCGCGAGCUUGUCCGGGAGCCGAGGGGGGAACAAGGGCGGCCUGUGCGUGGGCGCGGCGAAACUGAAGGAACUGGGCAUGAUUUGGAACAAAAACGCGGAUCGCUUAAGCUUCGGCAGCCGCCAGAAAAUGCUGCAGAACCAAAACAACAACAAUAGUAACGGUGCUGCAACAGGGUCACUCUCACUAAACGAUGGAAGUGCAUCAACUAGCACCAACUGGAACCCGGCGAUUUGGCAGCAAUUUCGGCUGACCUCGCUGCCGCAGCUGUGUAUCCAGCUCGCCCAAGCGGAGAGGAUUUCCGACAUGCUGACGAUUUUCGCGCGGCACGGCACGAAGUUCACCCAACAAGAGGUGAUGCAGUUGCUCGAGGCAAUCCCCUUUUGCUCCCUCGCGGAGGACGAAGCGAGGCUGCCCGAUUGGGUGGGGUCGCAAGUGUUACCCUUGUUGUCGCACGCGACCGAGAAGCACGACGCGCGCAGGCGACUGGUGAACUGGCUGACGAGCCGCGCGCUGGACCUGGAGCAGGCGAAGGGGUGCGACAAGGCGUUGCAGUUGCUGAAAGCGGUCCUGACCCCCCACAACCGCAUGCUGUUUCCCGACGCUUUUGUCUGUCGCGCGAACUUGUGGGCCGGGGUGGCGUUGCACCACAAGCAGCAGGUCCGGGGGUGCAACAAGAACGAGGAGAAGCUGCGGCGGUUGUUUCAGGAAUUAUCCGAGAUGAUCGUUUUGCGCGAUCUGCACUGCUUCCCCCUGCGGUUGAGGGAUUUGCAACAACUCUCCCACACGGACAUUGUCUCCAAAUUCCUGCAGCGGGUUAUCGAAAGGAAAAAUCACCCCUCCCCAUAUCAAAACGAAAUUUCUGAGGCUGGAUUUGUGUACACAAAUGCUGUCUUGCUGGAGAGCACUGCAGGCCCAUACUAAGUGUGAGCAGCGAGGUUUUGAGCUAGGCACUUAGCAUGAAAAACAUCCGCACUGUAGGCCCAACGGCAUGACAAACCGCCUGCACAAUAGGCGGAGCCUGCGAGGUUGCCUUCUUGCAAGACAGACACGAUUUGUGACCACAGACCAGCGUCGCAAAUUUCCAAAAAACCUUUGCAGUAUGGGGAGGGGGGAUUUUUCCUUACUAUACGGAUCGGCGCCGCGGCGUUGCUGAAGGACGAGAUUCUGUUUCACGUCAAAAGCUACUGCGAGCGGCACGAGCUGGAUUUGGACACGGUGCUGUUCGACUACGUAAGGACAAACCUCGUGACUUCUUCUGGCACUCCCGAGGGCGGCAGGUAUCAGGACAAUAACUUCCAGCUCGGGACGGGCUUCGGUGCAGCGAAGCAAAACACAGCAGCGGGAUAUCAAGUGCAAAAAUGGUCGGGUCUGGAAGAAUUCAUGUUUGUCAUGCUUGUCUGGCAUGACUCUUAAAUCUGUCAUGCACGUUACCCAAGAGAUCCGUUUUUCUGUGAUCCAGAAGCGCAGUUUGGCAUGCAGAAUAUGCAACACCUAGGAGCUCAGAAACUUGUCAUGCUAAGCCAGUAUUUGUAGCAUCAUGAUGAGACGCCACCCAGCGUCACAAGUUUCCAGACCCAGACGCUUUUGUUUUUGAUACGGGAGCAAGUAGUGCAACAUCAGGCAACAACCCUGCGGAGAACGGCCGGAAAUUGGAGCGGGCGAUCGAGUAUCCCGUGCACAAGUAUCGCAUUCGUAGUGAUCGCAAUCAUGCAUGAGAAAUCUUCUUCUAAGUACUCAAUUUUUGUACCUGAAUCAGCAUAAGAAAUUUUCCUUUUGGAAAUAAAGUUUGUAAUGCAUGUGCUACUAGUGCGAUGUUUUUGCAAUGCAUAUCGAGGUUCUAAAGUGCAUCACCGACCCGACGACGAAGGCCAAAGCGCUGCUUAUCAAAUGCAAAAAUGUCUGGGUCUGGAAGAAUGCAAGAGUUGUCAUGCAUAUUUCUCAUGACCCAUGAUGCCUGCAAUGCUUGACUUAGCAUCGCAGACUUGUAGAGGGCUUCCUGAUCAUGUACCUUCCGCAUGAGAAGUGCCCUGUCCGUGUAGCAAAAACUGUACCCCUCUUGCUGGUCAUGCAAUACAAAUUUUUUUUGAGUCCAAAAACAGCAUGACAAGUUGCAAUCUUCCAGACCCAGACAUUUUUAGAAUCCAUACUGCUGCACAUCUUGCAACUGAGCAACACAAACUCGCAACUGCAGGAAGUGGUAAAAGACUGCAAGGAAAAUCCAGACGUGCCGCAGGACCUGAAAGACGAGAUUGACGGGCAGAUUCGGCUGUUAGACGCCUACGACGUGCUGUCGAAGCACAAUUUGUCCCAGAAAGUCAUGAUCAACCCGGUCUACGCGCAGCGGGUGUGCAUGUACCUGCUGUCCAAUAUUCACAGCGGGACCUCUGCCGAAUCCACCCUCGACGACGCGUUGGUGUUGCUGCGGGUUUUCCCGGGGGCGAUUCUCUCCCCGCUGGACGCCCGAAUCCUCCGUGCGACGAAGAUCGUGUCGGCGGACCGCUAUGAGAGUCAGGUUUUAGACCUGAAAAGCGUGCUUUCCUCGGCGGGCGAGCAGUGUUUGGAAGUGUGUGACGGGGUGGUGGAGUUUUGCUGUUCGUUUUUAAAAACGAUUUACGACAACGAAAAAACGGAGGAACGGGUGUUGUCCUGGUUGCAUUUUCGGAACAAGAAGAAUCAAGAAAAUCUGGAAAGCGAAAACGCGGACCAGUUUUUGGGAAAGUUAGGUGGAGGAGCAGCAAAGAACCAAAAGCAAAAUGAUCAUAAUGCGCAGAAGAAUAGUAAUAAGCCCGAUUCGCAGCAGUCGAACGAGCAGCUGAUGAACCCAGAUCCUUUGAAAGAGACGACGGGGGCGUAUGCAGCUUUAUCCCCGCAAAAGAAGCAGAGAGCGGACCAGCACUGCGACUUGGCUAUCAUCUCCAUCCGGCACGUGUUCGCCAUGAAAAAUUGGCACGACGUGAACUUUUACCACCGAAAGAGGAGACGAUCCAGUGACAGCCGGAACUCUGGCGGGUUGUUCUCUGCGACCGCGCAAAGUCGGAAAAGAAGCACCAGCUUGGAUAACAUCGUAAGCCAGCCAGGUGGUAUCGCCGCGGGGGUGGUUCCGACAGCGCUGACCACCGGCGACCAGGCGAUCAGUACGACCCAAAUUUCUUCCUAUCAGAUCGACGAGGAGGAGGAGGAAGCGGCCUACGGGUCCGGUUGGUCCACCUUCGGCAUGUUGGACGCACUGCAGCGGCUGUCGAAACUGCAGAAGCAGUUCAAACUGUACGGGAUAGACCCGGUGUAUGGAUGUGUCAGAGUUGAAAUCGACAAAGUUGAAAUAAUUUGUCAUGCAUAUAAAUGGAUGCCAGUUGGAACCCAGUUUCCAAGUGGCGCAAGACAAAUUUCGGUGGUCCCUGAAACCACUUUGUCGUGCUGUGUAGGCAAAGAAGGGCGACUUUCUCAUGCUACUUUAGCAGCUCGAGCUGUAACCCCAAACAGGCUUACAAUCGGCCUCACUUGCCUGCUCUGCAACACACGUGCCGCGGGUCAUGCAUUUUAUGCAUUACAAAUGAUUUCAACUUUGUCGAUUUCAAACCUGACGCUUCCAUACGGUGCUGCUGCUCGGCAACCGGGCCGACCACGUUCUUUCCGCGCUGUUCGAGCGGCACGCCAGCUCUGAGGUACACGCCUUUCUCGACCAGGCGGAGCAGAUACGAGAGUGCACAACUACCCCUUACCCUCAGUUGUAUAGCGUGAGCAGCAAGACAAACACCAGCAACAGCAUACGUGGAGCCUAUGCAUGACAAAUUUUGUGUGCCCAAUGUAGAAGAAGUACUGUUUGGGCUUCGGAAGUUGUCAUGCAAACCGUGCCACAGAGCAGCGACUGGAUUUGGGAUUUUGCAUGACAAAUGAGGGGGGAGGGGGAGUUGUGCACUGUCAUAACAGGCCGCGGCGGCGAGAGCGGCCAGUUUCAGGAAAGAGCACGAGGAGGAGGAGGAGAUGUUCGUUGGGAUGAAUAAUUCAUCUGGAGGUGCUUUUCGUGGUCAACAACAUGACGGCCUUGCUGUACAACCGGCAGCAACCUCCACCAGCACAACGACCACCUCCGCGCUUUUCACACGCCUACUCCACCUCGCGGACCUGCUCGGGUUGGGCCGCACCUACGUCUGGCAGCUGAUCGUCCGGGAAGCGUCGUCGAAGGGACAGGUGGCGAGUUUGCGGUUGACGAUGGACUUGGUGCCCAAAGACCACACGUUGCGAGAAACGAGCGGGGAGCUCCUCGACCUGGUUCGGUCCGUCGUGAGCCACUUCCGGGCGAAUCUGGGCCGGAACCAGAAGAAUUGCGCAGCAUUGAUCUUCCACUUGGCGCACCUGCUCGAUUUGCUGACCUAUUGCUUGGACUGGUGCGGGGCGCGCCCGGAAUCUUCCAUGAUGCAGCAGCAACACCACCAGCUAAUGGGAGCGAAUUACAACAACAGCAAUGGGUUUAUGUUGGGCAACAAUGCCCUCACACCAGCUCCCACCAAUCCCAACGCGGCGAUCGAGGCUCAGAAUCUCCUCCCGCUCGUCACUUACGCGGGGGAUCUCCACUUUGCCGUGAACUUGCUCCUGUCCAGCGACUUGCUGGACACGGAUGCGCACGUGCGGAAAACGGCGCCGCGGAAGCACUUGUCCGUCGUGCACGCGCACAUCAUCGAGAAUCUGCACGAGAACGACCCGUACGAGCAGUUGUUCUCGAACCAAUUCAAGGAAGUCGCGAGUCUGCUCCCCGGUCCGGCGGCACUGAAACUGGUGUUGGAAUUUCUGACCGAGCCCCAGUACUUGGAAUCGCCCGGAGUGCUGGAACACGGCGGAAGCGGUCUGCGGGGCGGCAACGGAACAAACGGUUUUUUCAUGCCGGUUCGCACGGCUCCGUAUCGACUGUCGAACACGCCCACGAGGUUGUCGGCUGGCCGGUCCCACCCCUACAGACGGAUUUCCAACGGAACUACGGGGAGAAAUUUGAUAGGUAUGAACACUGGUGCCACCUCCAGAAUGAACUCCAUGCCCGCAAGGUUCAAUACAGGUGCGGGAGGACAAGAUAGCCAACAUGGGACGACGAGUGCAAAUCAUGCAACUACUGCAAGCAACCACGGAAUAAACAACACUAAGCUUUCCCUCCCGGCGCACCACCCACACCACAACCUCUUCUCUCCGCACACGACGCCGCAGAAAAAUCGGUCGACUUCGUUGAAGGAAAUUUACGACAUGCUACGGACCAGCCGGUGCUUGGACUGGGCGAAACAGGCCAUCGCGAGGGGCUUGUGGGACAACAGCAUCGACGUUUUAUCAAAUGCAAAAAUGUCUGGGUCUGGAUCUGGAAGAAUGCAUGUUUGUCAUGCUUGUCUGGUAUGACUCGUAAAUCUGUCAUGCACGUUACCCAAGAGCUCCGUUUUUCUGUGAUGCAGGAACGCAGUUUGUAAUGCAGAAUAGGCAACACCUAGAAGCUCAGCCUCAGAGACUUGUGAUGCUGAGCCAGCAUUUUUGGCCUCAUCAUGAGACGCCACCCAGCAUCACAAGUUUCCAGACCCAGACAUUUUUAUAUUUGAUACGCUUCCCCCCGAAACAACUGCAGCUCAAACAGCCACCUGUACCAGGAGCUCUGCCAGGAAUCCGCACUUUCCCUGAUUUUCGGCACCUCCCGCGGCUCCACCCUCGACGCGUUGCUGUUCCUCGGGUACAUGGGGUGUUUGUCCCACGAAGUGUGCCGAGACGUGUACCAGCAGGCCAUCACCCAGAUCGAGCAGGAGGGCGCCAGCUUGAAAAUGCAGGAGCUGUGUACCUUGGGGCGGGUGCUUGGCUUCCUGCUGAAGAAAGACGACCUGAAGAUCCGGAUGGAGAAGUCGGAAACCACCUGGAAGUGGUCAACCCGGUUGAAAGGGUUCGAUCUGCCCUUCGAUCUGCUGCAAAACACGAAAGAGGACCAGCGGCUCACGAACGAUUUGUUGCCGGAAAUCAUCCAGAAAUCCCAGUUUUCUUUGCCGAUCGUUUUGGAAUUCGCGUCGGAUUUCAAGCUGAACAAACCGGAGGUGUUGGCGCUGUGGGUGAAGUUGAUGCUCCUGCGGCCGACCGCGCCGGCAAAAAACCGGUGCUGGAUCUUGCAGGUGUCGAGUGAGGGCCAGGAAGUGUUUAAGCAGGUGUUUGACCAGAGCUACCAGCACAAAAUCCCCCCGCAUUUACCCUUUCUGGACGAUCCCACGCUGGUGUUGCAGACGGUUCUGUCGGGCAUUUCUCCCUACGACUACGAGCGGAUCCGCUUCGUGUUGCGCUUCCUCUGCGAAAAGUCGGCGAACAAAGGAGCGGGCGGCCGCGGGGGAGACACUGGCACAACUGCUGGUGGCAAGUUAGACAGCAGCCGGCUUGGCCCGGGAUUGGAGGAUCUGAAUCAUAUGAUUGAUGGGGAUGAGGGAGUAGAACAUCAAAUGCGAGGGAACAUGAACCAGCGAGGAGCUACAACUGGCGGCGACUUGACAGAAAUGCUCGCCAGGGCAUCCACCAGCGCGGCGCGAAACCCCCCCGGGUCGGCAGCUUCGCGAGGUUUAGGUAGUGGGAUGAAGAAGCAACCACGAGAAUUUUUAAACCACCAGCAGGAAGAAGAAGAUAAUCUGGUGUUGCAGGAUCACCCUGGCCGUGACGGUACCAUACGGCAACCAGGCGGUACGGGCACCCCCGUGUCCUCUCGAAACAACAACAACAAGUCCGGCCAGCAAGUGCCCAGCUCGCAGAAGAAGUUCCAGCAAACAAACCACUCCGGGUCCAAACCGAAUUCCGCCGCUCGGCCAAGUUCCCCGCACCCUUUCCCCCGCGCGUUGCAGCAAACCACGAUCAAACGAGAAGCGUCGGCGCUGGAGCGGGUUUUGGAGGUUUUGCAGCGGUACCACCGGUUCUCGCCGCCUUCCGACCGGGAAAAAAAGGAGAUCACGAAGUGGCGCAAAGAGAAGGGUUUGUCCGUCGAGGUCGAACACAUUGUGCUCCAACUCGCGGAGUCUCGUCUUCCCUGGCACUACUUGCUGCAGAACGAGACGAGAUGGACCUUUCUCCGGCCGGAGCUCGCCGCGCGAAGUGAGGACGGGGUGAAGCGAUUGCUGCCCAUCACCUGCUACCUCCCCGGGAUAUCGCCCGACGACGUGCAUUUGGAAUAUUUGAAGCACCUGUUGACCACAAGUUGCGUGUCCUCCUCUUCAAAAUCGCUUGGGCUCGCGGCGUCGUCAGGCGCGGCAGGAGGAGCAUCUAGUACAACUUCCGCAUCGAGUAGCUCCUCGAGCGGGACAUCAACUUCCUCGUCGAAGAAUAAAAUCGCGGAGCAUCUCCGCCUGAUUCAGGAUAAAGACAAGGCAGAGCGCGCCGCGGCAGAGAUCCAGAAGCAACUGAAACUGUCCCCCGAGCUCUGCGAAGUAGCGGCUUUCCGGGCGGAGCGCGCGUCCCAGGCGGUGCUGGCGCAAAUCCAGGAUUUGGACAAAAAUCCGGACCGCGAUCCAAAAAGACGGCAGAAACUGCGCCAGUUGCAGGAGGAGAAAGCGAAACUGGUCAAGAACUCGCUAAUCUUGAAGUCCCGCCUGGAUUUGCGGGAUUGGGGCUGGGAAAUGUUCGAAAACGUCUUGAUCCGGUGCGGCGCGGUCACUUUUAUGACCUGUGUGUACUACUAUUUGGCGCCCCGGACCGCGAAGAUUCCUUUGUCUGAGUUCCACAAUCGGGUGGACAUCAUUCUCCGACGGCACGGCUCCGACCCGAAGAAAGAAAAGAUCGCGCUGAUGCGCACCUUAUGCUCUGCAAAAGUAUCGUACCCGUACUUCUAAUUGCAAUCAUGCAUGACAAAUCCCCCUCCCCGGGGGGGAUAUAAAUUCGGACGCACUGACAAAAAUAGAGGCGGAACGCAGUGAGGAGAGUUGCCUCGCUGUCGUUACCGACCCAAGAAAGAUCCGUAUCGUAAACGUGCGCACACUGUGCAACAGAUCCGAUAGAUUUUUUUUUUUCCGGCUGUCCCCCACAUAUUAGAAGAUUGUCGUCAAAGAUUAGUGAUCUGAUUGUGUUACUCCAUAGACGCCUUCGCGAUAUUUUUUUAGCGGACCCCGCACGAUAUCCCUGAUGCGUUUCCCGCAUAGUAUUGAACGUCUUUGACUCAAACACAUAGACACCCCUCGCUACGGCACACCUCAUCUGCCUAGUCGCCCCUAGGUAGGUGCAGGAAUUUUCUGUGUGGGCUUUUUGUGCUUAAUUAUUCCAACAGGGGCUGAGUCUUUUUUUUCUGCCUUGCCAGCAGAGUUGUAUGGAUGGGGGGGAAUUGACGGAAGUGGCGCGAGACCUUGGUGACGAAGCAGACGACAAGCGCGGGAAUGGUACAAAUCAAAAAAAAGAGAUGGCAUAAACGUGCUCUGCUUAACUGUGUGAAAGGUGUCGGCCCUGUGUAACCUGCUGCGGCAGGCAGGUGAAUUCGUAGAACUGCAUCACAUGUUAGGCAACAUCCACCGGCCUCCUAGCUAAGUGAUGAAUUUAUAUGCGCACAUCCGAAUCCGAAUCCGUAAACAGAGCGGGGCCCAAUGAAAAAAAAAAUCAUGCAUGACAAAUCUUGUUUCUUAGCCAAAUUAGCAUUACAAACUCCAUUGAUUUUUCCCCUCUGAAAAAACUUGUAUUGCGAUUUAUACUAGAACGAUGCUUUUGCAAUGCAUACACGUGGCUGACAUCCGGGUCCUGGACGCCGACCGAGUUGGUGAAAAACGACCCGGCCGGGCAAGUGGAAAUUGCGGAGUUGGAAAAAAUCUUCUCUAGCAGCUCCGGCAGAUUUUCAGCAGGCGGCGUGAGUGGGGACAAUCUGCAGCUGCAGCCGAGUGGUAGUAAGAAGGACCACCAGCACGGAGCGCUUGGCGGAGCAUCGUCCACCUCUGAGGCAGAGAUCAUGUUAACAGAUGUGAAGCAAGCCAUCACUGGUAACUCCGCCGCUUCGUCCUCAACCGGGGCAGCUUCGGGUGGCAACGGUAACAGCAAUAGUGCGACAGGAGUUCCGUUCGCGGCCCUAACCGAGCUGUGGUGCCAAUCGCCGAACGAGAGACAGAUGAUCGCGAGGAUUGCGUUAGUCGCAGCGCCGGGCGUGACGAAACAAAAAUUGAGUGCGAAACCAAGUGACGACAUGGUGGGCUCCGUGUUUGGAGAUGAUCACAUCAAGGAUGUUGACGGAAUAAAUGAGCACAGUCAAAGCAGGACGACACAGCACCAGCAUGGGGAUGAUAGUAAUACGAAAGGAGCCAACUCUACUUCUUUGAAGCGCCAUCGGAACAUUUCUCCCGAGCGAGCAGAUCAGGGUGGAGACAACAACAAGUCCUCUGGGGGUCAUGUGUCCUCCUCCUCCGCCACGGAACAAACUACCGUGCAAGAAAACCUCCAGCAGGACAGAAAUAAGAAGAAACUGAAAAGACAAAACACGACCAGUUCCGCCGACAAUGAAAAUGGUGAAAAUAACAAUCACAAUCCCUCUGCCGACGAAACUUCCACAGCGCUCCGGUCGGUGAUCCGCCUGUACCUUCACUGGCUUUUACGGGACUCCCUCACCACCAACGCGUGCUGCCGCUGUUUCUGCGUGUUGCUGCAGGUCGCGACGGUGCAGGAGAUUCUCACCGUCUACCACCACCCACCCGAGGAGCUGUGGGACUAUUUCCGGACUUUCCUCUACUUGAACGCGUUAGAGAAGCUCCGCGUGGUAUUACAAUGAAAAAUGCCCCGACCCCCGAGCUUCGGAGCAUUUGUAUUCCGCAAACCUUUCCAAAAGAAACAUUCGCCCUCUUGCAUCUAUCAGCAUCACAGAUUUCCCAUCGUGAAUAGCAAGAAUUUGUAUUGCAGAAGAUCCCAGCAAGAGCGGCCCUGUCAUGCAAGCGAUGCGAUAUACAGCUAGACCCUGCAUCAGAAAGAUUCAUAUUCCUUUCAUGCAUGACAAAAAGACUUCAUUUGGAAACUUCGCAUCACAUAUUUUUGCAACUUUGGGGGUGGGGGCAUAAUUUUUCACUGUAAUACGUGGGGCACAUCGACCUAACCACUUUCCGCGACACAGACAAGGAGGGGUUGGCGCGGAGCUACUGGCGGCAGCAGCACAAGGAUCCGCUGUUGGUUGCGGUGAUUACAGGCUUGGUGCUGGAUUUUCAAGUGUAUGAUCCGAAGUUUCUCUCGCAGAUUUUGCUGAGAUUGCUCCAAUUGCAAAUGUCCACGUUUUAUCAAGUGCAAAUAUGUCUGGGUCUGGAAAGAAUGGAAUUUGUGAUGCUAACUCUCGAUGAUACAAAAACCUGUAUUGCAUGAGCAGCAAACGGCACUCAGAUUUUUGCUAUUCUGAGAAGGCAUUUCUCAUGCGGUAUAGGCAUGAGAAAGCCUUCACAAAGCCUGUAAUGCCAAAGCAUGCAUCACCGACAUCGCAGGCCAUGUGAAAUUUGCAUGACAAACUCGUCCCCCAAUCUUCCAGACCCAGGCAUACUUUCAGUUGAUACGUUCCUCCAAGACGCGCUGCUCCACAUGCACAACUCUGGGUUUCUGUUGGAAAUGCCGCUAGAUAACGAGCUGGGGACGGCGUUUCAAAAGAUCUUGCUGGAUCACUCGUGUCAACUCGUGCAGCAAGGGUUAAACAAGAUCGACUUGGACCAACUCAACCACGCCAUCGACUGGCUCAAGCUCGUCCCGCAGCUGCUGAAAAGAUCCCCCUACGUGACGCACCUGAAGAUUCUGGAAGCCGCGAGGCAGAUACUGGAAUCACUGCUGAACGCCUCGGUGGUCGGGAGACAAUUACUGUCAAAGCACGCGAACUUUGGGAAGGAGCUCGAUGCUUCGGGCAAUUACAUCGGCAGUGGUGGAACUUCAACGGGACACAUGACAACCAAUGCGAGGACCACAACCUUCGGCAUGGUUGCGAGCGCGAGCACGACUAUAUCAAGUACUACUGGCACUAGUGCUGGUCAGAACACGAUAAUAGCCGCCGCGGAACGGAUUUUUCUGUUGACCUUGGAGCUCGCUUACUGCACACCCCAAGCGAAUUCUCUGCUAGACGACUUUGUGGUGAAGAAGUAUCCGGUUUUGCUACCACUGUGCUUAUCCGGACUCCCGCCAGGGGCGCUGAGACCCGGGCUGUUUCACGCGGUGCUGCAGCAGAACUUUGUCAAGGUAAUUCACUAUGAUAGAGCGCUGCUAAGGGCGUGCUGCGCAUAGAGAAAAUCUGUUUUGUCAAUCAGUGCUUGCGAUGCUGUUUCCUUGUGCAACUCAACGACGUAUUCUCACAAAAAAAAAAACAGGAAGUACGUGCCUACACCUCUUCCACUACCGAUUCUGUCACGACAACGCGCACGACCGACUCCCAGCUGUUUUCCGAGCUUGUCAUUUACGCGGUAAAGCAAUCGCAGAUCAAAAACUUGCUGGACGCGGCGAUCGAUCAGAAUCUGCUGGAAGACGCGGUGAAUCUGGUCUUUUUGUACGCUAGACACCACGGCAUCCUCCACGUGUGGCAAACCGAAACGACGGCAACGCUUAUCAAGGUGAAAAAUGCCCACGCCCCCGAACUUGGGAGCAUUUGUAUUGCAAACUUUUCCAAAUGAAACAUUCGCCCUCUUGCAUCUAUCAGCAUCACAGAUUUCCAAUCGUGAAUAGCAAAAAUUUGUAUUGCAAAAGACCCCAGCAAGAGUAGCGCUUGUCAUGCAAGCGAUGCGAUACACGCCUAGACUCUGCAUCAGAAAGAUUCAUACUUCUUUCAUGCAUGACAAAAAGUUUGCAUUUGGAAACGUCGCAUCACAAGUUUUUGCGACUUUCGGGGUGGGGGCAUUUUUCACUGUAAUAAUGCUGACCAGCUCCACCGUGGUAAACUCGGAAAAAGCGAAGUUUCUGCAGAAUUUGGUUUCGCAGUACGAACAUUCAAAAGAGACGGCCGGCCGGGAAUUCGCCAGGCUCUGCAGGAUGAAACAGUGAAGAUUUGCUAUACGUGCUUCACUGACACUGUUCGACUUCGAGGGCCUGCUCACUUGUACAUCCAGCUGGCGGGCAGGCGUGUGUAAAAAGCUUUUUUUCAAUCAGGAUCGAUGGCGCGUAUUUUUGCGUGGCUUUUACAGUCUUGUGCCUUGACACCUCAAUCGAUAUAGUAAUUCUCAAGUACAAGAAAAGGAAAAGUGCUUCACUAGUAACCAAGUCCAAUACAUACUUAUUCUAAGGUCUGAGCAUUUAGGUUCAACACCAAUCGAUGAAUGAUAUGCAAUAGCAAAGUCAGAAAUGGAACGCGUUUUCACUUUUCAGGUUGUUUCGGUUCAAGACAAAAGCAAGAGCUCUUUCGUUGCUCUUCGAUAUGGAUUUCCGGUUUUAUUGCAAAGAAUAAGAAAUAAGCAGCCUCUCAUGCUCAGUUCUCAUUUCAGAUUUUCUUCCAGAACUCAUCAAAUUCAGAGGACGUGGGCCUCGUUGUGAAAAAAGCGACCGUGGCAGGACGGAAAUGCAAUUACAAGGGUAAAACCAGAAGAGAUUGUUUCCGCGACUCGAUUUGCUUGAUGUUCACGUCGUCCCGGUGGACGAGGGGUCGUCUGUGUGAGUCCAAAAACCGCUGUCACAACUCUUCAUCGUGCC